ACGAUUCUAGCGAGAUGAUUGUGAAAGAACUAAAAUGUAUGAUGUGGCAGCGACAUCAGGUGAUAAAGGCUACAACAAAGGAGAUAAACUCCCUUUAGAAACAAGAAAAAAAAUUCCCUCUACUCUAAACAACAACCACCGCUAGCCGCACAAAUACAAAUAUACAUACGCACCUUGGUAACCAUUUGAAAACUUCCAUUUAUGACUGAAAUUCAUCCAGCAUCGCGUGUAAAACAAACACCACCAUAACAUCACAGUCCAUUCAAGCAAACCUCAAAUAACAAUGUUUCAGUCGAACGCCAAAGAGCCACCAAAAAUCCAUACCUAAGGUUGCUUGCUUAAGCCCACAAGGAAUCUGGUACGAAAACACUCAUCAAGGAUUCGUCAUCGUUUUUGUCAUCCGAAAACAUCCCCGGCAAAUAUGCAAAAGUCAUCCCGUAGCAACAGCAACAGUAGUGCCAACAAUAGCAAGGAAAAGCCCAACAAAUUGAAACUCACACAAAACUCCGACCGAAAUGCGAACUCUACCUCCACUUCUCCCACCGCCACCACCACCACCUCCAACACUGCAGCCAGUAGUGCUAGCGUCAGUUCCAUACAGGGAGGAACUAUACGAAAAUCUUCCACUAAGCGCUCCAGAUACUCCAACGAAGAAGGCAACCAAACUCAAGGUGUGAUCUAUCAGGAUGAGAAUUAUAUGGAGUUUGAUUUCUUUGCAAGGGAGGGUUCUGGACAGCGAGAGCCCAGUCAAUUUACCGAACUCUUUCGCGACUUUCCGGUUUGCUAUGAGGUCACAACACUGCCCAUACCCAAUAGUCAAAAAGAACUGCAGAAUCCCCCGCCUUACAGAGAUCCUCCACCUCCCACGCCCCCACCUCUGUCACAGCUGCCCUCUCGGAAUCCCAGAAAUGCUGAGGCCUCCGGAGUGCAAUCGUGCCCCUCGAGUCCCUUUAGGGGCAAAGUAGUCUUAAGUAAGAAAGAGAGAAAGGAACUUAGCAAGCUUGCCAAGCAACAAGACAAUAAUACUUCCAAUAGCACCUCCAAUAUUAGAGCCCUGGACUCCUCUGAUUCAGGCUCAGCAUCGCAUCACAGCAGCCCCUACAAAGGCAGGGUCACGGAGCUUAAGAAUUGCAUAGCACGCAUAAAUUCGAAGGGCAUAUUCGCUUCACUACAUCGCAGCUCCCAAAAAUCUUUGAAUGCCCAAACGACGGCUGAAGAGCAAAGUUCCUCUCACGAAGUAUCGCCUCCACCACCAGCGCCCGAAAGCAGUCCUCCGGGAUCGAAUGCCUCCAACAACAAUGAUGCCGACUACACGGAGAAACUGAAAAAUUUGCCUGUAAGGCAACGCAAAGCUCACACCUCACACAUGGACAACUACUGCCUAUUUGAUCCCAUGGAUUUUGUCAACGAAAAAACCCUAAGGAGAAGAACCCAUGACUCGUUGCUCAUGGACCUCCCACUACAGCAACAACAUCAUGGUUUACGAGACCCCCUUUUCAGUUCAAGGCAAAACUUAGAUUUCAGCGAAGAGGAGUUGGUGCCGGAGGUGAUAUACGACGACCAAGAAGAAGCAACAGAAGCAGAGACAAAGGAAACUACCAAAAAUUUCGACCAUCACAAUUAUUUUGUCAUAGAUCCCGACGACUUUGAGGAAGAACCGUCCCUGGACAUAGGCAUACCCAAUCCCUUUACGAAUGAACAAGUCGUGCAAGCGAAUCUAACAGCCGAACAGCAUACCUACGUCAACAAUGCGGAUGCUCUCAAGGCCUCCGAAAGCCUGGAAAAACUUUUAAAUGCCUUCGAAACAGCGCCAAGUAUGUCCAACAGUCAGGAGAGCAAAGACACCACCAACUCAACAGCCACCACGACUUCCACAGCCUUAGUUGAAUCAUCCACCUCUACGAAUUCCAACAGCUCAUCCACCUCAAACACUUCCUCGCAAACCACGCUGCAGCGUACCAAAAAGAAGUUGACCUUCUUAAAUCUAUCGCCCUUUCGUUCGAAUAAGUCGCCGCACUCGGAUAAGACCAAUUCGAAAAAGACCAAAUCCGAGAGUACUGCGCAUCCAGUGCAAUCCCAGCAAAAGCGUGCAGUUUCGGAGUUUGUCAACUCGGAGCAUAUGUUCCAUUUGCAGCAAAUGUUGCUGAGUGCCGACAAUGUACUAAACGAUGUGCGCUCGCACCACGAAACCAUUGAACUGAAUUACGUACUCUUCAAUCCGGGUCCGGUUCCCAGUCGCAAUGUUCAGUAUAAAAUACGAAAACCCAGACCUUUGUCUACGCACAGUGAUGCGGAUAGUGGAUUUUUGAGCCCCUGCUCACCGGAUGAGUUUUCAUCGCUGAAAUCGAAUCCCGCUAUUUUGGUGCUACAACAGUGUGAUAGUGUUCAAGGAUACAUUGAGAUCUACACCGAUUGGGCCAAUUACUAUCUGGAACGUGCCAAAUCGAAAAGAAAGGUCACCGACCUCUCAUCAGAUUGCCGAGAUGGCCUACUAUUGGCCGAGGUGAUCGAGGCGGUGACCUCUUUCAAAGUUCCUGAUCUCCACAAGAAACCAAAAAAUCAACAACAAAUGGUGGACCAGCCAGUGCAAUUCAAACUAUAAGCAAGUCGUUGUUUGAGAGCUAGCUAGCUCUCAUUCAAUUGUAUAGUAAACAUAAACAAAAAGCAAAGUGUUCGAGAGACCGGCAAACAUCUGGUUACUCUAGGGUUGCCAAACUCUAACAAUAAUGAUAGAAAUCUUGUAACAAUUAGGAAUGAAAUAUAUUUGGAUACAGAGAACGAACUUGAAAUCCAAAAUAGGACGUAUGUUGUGAGGGGCGCUCCCCCACAAUAAAAUACCGCCUGGCGUAUAAGUAAACAGAUAA